AUGUUCUCAGGUAUGAAUCAAAAAUCAGGGAACACAUGCACACCUCUGGUUUUAUCAAAGUCCAAGGAAGUCCCUCAAGUAGUUUGCACAAAAACUAAAGCAGCUUUGUGCUUAUUAUGCUUAUUUGAUGGUCUUCAUACACCAACAAUUCGUAGAUUAAGCCGUAAGCCGAGACUAAUAUGUAACAAACCUCUUCUUACGUUUGAUCCCACCGUAUUUGCUCCAUCAUCUUCUAAUGCAAUUCAAGAUUUAUAUUCGGCCUCUAUGAAAUGCCCUGCAGAGAUAUUCGUUGAUCCUCCUGGCAAUAAAAUCAGCGAAGUUAUUAAAACUUACAGUCAAAACGCAAAAACAGAACGAUUAAUCAUUCAUUACUUCGGUCAAGGCUGUUUACCGCCUACAGCUGAUGGUAGUCUUUUCUUCUUCUCAGACGAUCGUUCGAAAUAUAAGCCAAUGAAAAUCGAGACUUUGAUGAACAUUUGUCCAACUCCUCUUUGUCUCAUUGUUGAUAGUCCAUCAGCAGGAAAUAUCUUGCCCUUCUUACAAAAGAAACAAGAUGUUAUCGCUUUCUUCGCAUGUUCUCCUAAUGAAGUUCUUCCAAUUUCAACAGAUGCACCAUGGGAUUUGUUUAGCUCAUGUUUGCUUUCGCCAUUUGAGACAGCAGUAUGGUGGCAUACUCGUCGCCAUAGCUGCGUCUUCAAAGGCACUGAAAAUUCAAAUCAUCCAAAUUAUUUCCUCAAGAAAUUCUUAUUUGCUCUUCUCGAUGCAAUUGCAUUCGACACACAACCAGCUACACUCUUCGACAUACUCGCAAAAGACACAGCGAUGACACAACUCGCUAGAGGAUUUAUUUUAUCAAUGCGCAUUAUGCAAAGCUUCAAUUUACAUCCAAUCUCAAUUCCAGAACAUCGCCCUACAUCAAGCCAUGAUCUAUGGCUCUUCUGGGACACAGCAUUAGAUUGUUCACUCGCAAUGUCCGACCAAGAAGCUGCUACGAUGAUUUUCCAGAUGUUCAUCAAGUCAUUCAAGUCAUUCCCGACUGUCGGAGUCAUGCCAAUCUUCUCAUUCUUCAUUACAAGAGCAGAAUUUUGCGAAGCAGCAGUUUCAACACUCUGCAACUUCUUGGAUACACAUGGAGACUUGGCUAUCUACGCUACCCGCUCAAAUAUCGCAAAGACGAUCAUAGAAAUGGACAAACCCUCAGAAUCCGCAAUUCUGUUGUUGGCAAAAAUUUUGUCGAUAUCGUCCGGUACGGGCGCGAUAUCACCUUUUCAACAACAAUGGCUAUUCUGGUUCCAAGACACUAAAGAGUCCAGUGUCUCUGAAAUCAAGGCUGGAAUGCUUGCCAUCAUUUGCGCCAUCUCAUGGAACUUCCUUUCGAUAUUUACAAAGAUUUGGAACGUAUGCGUAGAAAAAGCUCAAGAAUGCGCCCCAUAUUCAUCGAUAUUACUUGGAUUACUACUCGGAUCCGCUGGAAGAUUGAUGAAUUUGCCUCCUUUCGGACAGAAUUUUUACCCACUCCUCGAUAAUUCAUCGUAUUUCAUCAGAGCAUCGACAGUUUUCCUAUUGGGAAUGAUGAAGGAUAGGAAUAUGCUCGAUAAACUCUUUGAAAUGCUUGAAAAUGACGAUGAACCAAUUGUUAGACAGCAAAUUGUUGUUUCUCUAUCAAGAAUUCAGCAGUACAAGCAUGACGAUGCUAUUCUAGAUAACUUAAAUAAGAUAAAAGCUACAGAAAAAGACGAAGAAGUCCUUAAAUUAAUAAAUUUGGCUCUUGAAGGUAAAUAUGAUGAAGUUCAAGAGGAAUGUAGCAUCCUUAAGAUGGUUAUAGAAGCUGUUAAAUCGAAUGGCUUCAUAGAGAAGUACUACUGUGGAACAAUGAUUUGA